GCUCAAUCUCCUAUCAUGAAUGGCAGAGUGUGCAUUGUGACUGGCGCCAACGCAGGCAUCGGAUUCUCGACUGCUCUCCAACUGGCUGAGCUCGGCGCGCACGUCAUCAUGGCGUGUCGCAGUCAGAGCAAGGCAGAACAGGCAGCCACUCAAAUCCGAGCUCAGAUUACCAAGAAAAGCCCAGCACGCAAGCUCGAAGACAUCAAACUGGACGUGAUGGUGGUCGAUUUGCUGAGCUUUGCUUCGGUCAAGCGAUUUGCGGCAGAGUUCCGCGCGCGGAAACUGCCGCUGCAUGUCUUGAUUAACAAUGCGGGCAUCAUGAUGGGAUCUGCCGACGGCUGGGUCACGCCCGACGGCAACAACAGCGUGCUGCAGGUCAACACAUUGUCACACUUUCUUCUAACGCUGUCGCUGCUUGACAUCAUGCAAGCAACCCCGGGCGAGGCACGCAUUAUCAAUCUGGCAUCGCUUGCGCAUCGUUUCGGCUGGAUUGACUUUGCCAACAUCAAUGGCAAGGGCUGCACUGGAUGUCUGUGUUAUUCUCAGAGCAAACUCGCAAACAUCAUGCUCACCAUGGAGCUAGCGCGGCGGCUGGAAGCUCAGCCCGAGAACCGGGUGACUGUGCACGCCGUCGAUCCCGACUCGAUUUACUCGAGCUUUUACGACAACUUGCCAACGCCGAUGUGGGCCUGCUUCCGCCCAUUCCUCUGGCUCAUGAAACCCAUCGAGAUUGGCGCGCAAACCUCGGUCUUUGUCGCCUCGUCCGUCAAUGUAUACGGAUUGACGGGCGUCCACUGGUUCCGCUGCGCCCAGACCCGUGCCUCCAGCGCAUGCUACGACCGACAGCAAUGCAAGGACCUCUGGGAUUUGUCCCUAAGCUUGGUGCACUGGAAUGAAAACCGACCUGCGGGUGUGUCGCUCAAGCUGCAUUUAUAAAUCAACUUUGAAACGGUUUUGUGAAUGCGACCUCGUCGCAAGUUUACGAUUCAAGCAAAAUUCACCACCACAAUCACCAACUAGAUGAAAGCAUGGUAGAUCUAGGGUUGAUAAAAAACCCCUUUACUUU